GGCUGCCCAUCCCCGCCCAGCCCGUGCCUAUAAGGCCCCGGCCGUGCAGGGACCCACACUGCUCCCUGACGGCGCCAGCGAUGAGGACGGUCCUGCUGCUCGUCGCCGCCCUGGCAGUGGCUGUGGGGCCAGCCCUUGCCCUCCGCUGCCACGUGUGCCGAAGCUCCAGCAACUGCAAGGAGCCCAAGGAGUGCCCAGCCAGUGCUCGAUACUGCACAACUGUGAUCACGGUGGAGCCUCUGAGCGGGAAUCUGGUGAAGAAGGACUGUGUGGAUUCGUGCACGUCCACCCACACCCAGCAAGGCCAGGUCAGCAGUGGCGCCGGCUCCACCCAGUGCUGCCAGGAGGACCUGUGCAACGCACAGCUGUACAGCGCAGCGCCCACCCGCACCACCCUCGGCCUGGGGCUGGCCCUGGGCCUCCUGGCCCUCCUCUUAGCCCCCGGCCUGUGACCGCCCCCCCCCCAGGAAGGACCCUCCUGCCUUUCCUUCGCUUUCUCCAGGGAUUCCACGGCUACCUUCCCCAGCCACAAUGGGGGUGCCAGGAGCCCCAGGCUGGGGGCUUCCCUGAAAAUCUGGGGCCAGGUCCAGGUGAGCAUGGAGUACGGAUGACUUGGAGCAGGCCCCACAGACCCCGAAGACAACACAGCCCCCGCCGCUUGGAGGGUGGAGGGCGGGAGCCUCCCCCCAUCACACAUUUCAAACUGUUUUUUUGCCGUUUAUUUUUCUACUCAAAUCUCUGCAUGGACAUAAAGGAUUUAAACCGG